CCUACCCUAGAACAGUUCCACGGCGCAUGCCCAGUGGCAGGAGCGGGCUGCUCGGCACGGCUGUGCUGCAGUAACACAAGGGCCCGGGCCCGGCGGGGAAGGAAAUAGCUGCCAGACGCCCGGAAGUGGAGGUCUCCAUGGAGACUGUUCCGACGCGUUGCUAUGGCUCUAUGGCGGGGCGUAGCCGCCCAAGAUGGAGCAGAUCCCGGAGGAGGAGGGGUUCGGGGGACCAGGGCGUGGGGCCAGGUCCGAGCAGGGGCCCGAAGAACCCGAGUCCCAGCCUGGCCCGGCCUGCCUCGCCUGGAGCCCCCUGGAGGUGGCGGAGUGGGUUCGGCAGCUGGGCUUCCCUCAGUACGAGGAGUGCUUUACAACUAACUGCAUCACUGGCCGCAAACUCAUCCACGUUAACUGCUCAAACCUGCCACAGAUGGGCAUAACAGACUUUGACCACAUGAAGGAGAUUUCAUGGCAUGUGCGAGAGCUGCUGGGGAUUGAGGAGCCUCUCUGGAGCAGAAGCAUUGCCCUCCCUUACAGGGACAACCUGGGCUUGUUUCUAGAGCACAAAGCCCCAGCUGGUGCAAAAGCUGAUGCCCUCACCUUCUCUCAGUUUGUCCAAGAAGCAGGUUUAGAGCCAUAUGCUACAAUUCUACCUUUGUAAAAAGCUUCACAUGUGGAAGCAGACGCCCUCACCUUCUUUGUUCAAGAAGUUACAAUUCCAUCCUCCGGAUUAAAGAAAGGCACAUCGAUACUGUGAUUUGUUUAGUGCUGACAGUAUGCUCAGCCAUGCACAGUCCCUCCCUUGAACACGCUUGCCAUUUAAACUUCUACUCCUAAAGAAACCCCUCUGGGUUAUUUGCCAGGUGCUGAACUCCUUAGUUCGGUUACAUUAUCUUAAAGGUUCCCUUUUUUCCAUAUUGCAGGAGCUCUGUGUGGUUCAGUCAUGUCUGAAUACCUGUCAACUGCUGCUACUUCACAUGUUAUCACCAAGACCAUAGAUAAAUCUUAAUCACCUUUCAUUGACAUCUGCUUUCCUCAAGCUCAGGUGAUAGAUUAUAAGGCUUUCGCCCAAACUCUGGUCCAGGGGUCGGCAACCUUUCAGAAGUGGUGUGCCGAGUCUUCAUUUAUUCACUCUAAUUUA